GUUGAAGUACUCCAAUUUAGCAUUAAAUAGGCCGGGUAUAGAUUGUUUUUCGAAUGUCACAGAAUGAUGUGAUAUCUUAACUGUUACGUGCUUUUACGGUCGAUAUUUCACAUUUAGUGUACAGCCCAGCUUAUGAGCACCAGCAGGUCCAAGAACAGUCUAUGUGCUAACAAAACUUCAUUGCUAUUCUACAGAAUAAAACACCACUCUCAUACACCAUCUAUCUAUCCAUUGUCUGGCAGCGGCAUCCGCACAGGGAGAGCAUGGGAACGCGAUAAGAUAGUUGACCGACUGACGUACGCGACAAAGAGAUAAAGCGUUUAGAAAGG